GGCAGUCAUCUUGGAUUUCCGAUGCAGCCCAACAGGCAACAGCACUGAUGUUAUUAUAGACAAAUCAUCUGCGCCUGACCUCGUCCUGUUCCCCUUCACAUCAUGUCCUCACCACGGCUCAUCCUGCUGGUCUUUGCGGUGUCUCUGUGUCCCGGAGACUCCAGGUUCAUCAUAGACCCUCUGUCAGUCAUCAAAGUGAAAUCUCUGACAUCUGGCAUCUGUUCAGAAUGCAGCCAGAUCAUCCAGCUGUCCACCAACAUGAUCUCCAGCAGAGAUACUAAGGAAACUGUGUAUGAAGCCUUGCAUGCUCUGUGCCAGCACCUCCCAGGAGAGCAGGCAUCAGAGUGUGAUUCACAAGUGAAGAUGUAUUUGCCAAAAAUCCUGCAGCAAACACCUGAUCAGCUGAAAGCAGAUGAGACUUGUAUGGCUUUUGGACUUUGUGCUGCCCACAAGGAAGAGGAACUGCUGAAACUACCCCACUCUGCUGUUGAUGAAGACGCAUCUUCACUCAGCACCUCCACCAGCACACAUGAGAUGUUCAACCCAGCCUGCACACUGUGUUUGUUUCUGAUCAAGAAACUGGAGACCCUGUUACCCAAAAACAUGACAGAGGAUGCUUUGAUGAAGAUCAUGGAAGAGUUCUGCUCACUUGUACCACAUAGCUACAAGGACCAAUGUGAUGAUUUUGUUGACAAAUAUGGCGUACAGAUAGUGGAGUUCCUCUUAUCAUCUGCAGCACCUCACACAAUAUGUACCCUGCUGCACAUCUGUUUGUUCAAGGAAACACCUGCUCCAGAGGUGUUCCUUCCCUCGGACUGUGAGUCCUGCCGCACGCUGGCUGUGCUGAGCAGACUUCAUCUGGGGCUCAACUCCACCCAACCUCAAACAUCCACCUUCCUCCAGUCUGUGUGUCUUCAUCACCCCAAUGCCAUUCCUAAGUGUGAGGCCUUCAUCAAAAUCUACGGCUCCCGGCUGCAGCAUGUUUUGGGAAACCAGCUCGACCGUCCAGAUGCUUGUGAAAGAGCUGAUCUGUGUGCUGCUACAAAGAAGUUGGAGCCCCUGGGAAAGAAUCGUUGUACUUGGGGACCAAGCUACUGGUGCAGAGACAUGAAAACUGCUAAGGAAUGCGGUAAUCAGGUCUUCUGUGAGAACCUCAUAUGGAAGAAGAACAAGUGAACCUGCCAGAAUGAAUGCAGCUCUGAAUAUUCUGUACUGUAUGUGCACACCAGGAACUACUUAUUAUCUCACGAAUGUAUCACGUAUCUGAUCAACUCUUAAUGUUUUACUAAUUCAAUGCACUGAUCAACUAUUUUUUAAAUUUUCUUUUACGUUUCAGGAAAUUGCUCCUUUUUGUAUGCUUGCAGUCAAUCAAUCAGGCAUGAAUGUUCAUCAUGUAGUAUUCCAGUUUGUUCGGAAAUAUCCGUUUCUGCAGUGGUUACAGUUUUGUGAACAGUGGUGCUCUGUAAAAUAAUAGUGUGCUAUGAUUAAUGUUAAAAUGAAAAAACUGGAGCUUUCUGUACAGAAUGAAU